GCUGCUUUUCACUCCCAUCAGUCCGGGUGUGAGUACAGAGUGGAGAAGCUCGGCUGCAGCUCAGGAACAAAGACACUUGGGGCAGGAGGAGCAUCGAACGUUCAGCAAUAAAUGUAUCAGUUGUGGAAUUCUUGCAAUUCCCCUGAAUAGCUGGAGCAGGGACUGUCUGAAAGUUCACAGACUGGAGGAGGCAACACCCUGCAAGUUGCCAUCACCCAUCACAAGACAGGAGGAGGACUCUAGGGUCCUAAAUCAGCCUUUUUACCACACUGCUCCCCCAGGCUCAACACUAGAUACAGUGACAGACAGCUCUUUACCUAAAGAAGUUGGGCACCCCAGCACCAUGGCGUUUGUGAGUGAUGAGACCUCCCUGGAGAUGGAUGAGAUCUCAGAAGAUGGGGAGGUGAUCGUUUCAGAUGAAAUGGAACAAACGAUUAUGCCCACCUAUGGGACCAUGCAGGACAAUUUACCCAGAACUUACACAGCUGAUAUCGUGGAAUUCAAUCAGAAUGAAGAUUCCUUAUAUUUCAAUGAUAAUCAAAGGCGCAUUGAUUAUGUUCUUGUGUAUGAAGAUGAGUUACUGAAGGAACAGCUUAAAAAUACAAAGAAAGGCGUGCUUCGAAAACAGAUGAAAAAGAGACAAGCCUAUGAAUCUGGGUUAAUGAAACAUGGAUUGCAGCUAGAGGCAACACGGGCUGUAUCAGAUGAAAAACUUAUCUUUGUCAAGGUACAUGCACCGUGGGACGUCUUGUGCACGUAUGCCGAAGUGAUGCACAUCAAGCUGCCGUUACAGCCCAAUGACUUAAAAAACCGCCGUUCAGCGUUUAACUGGUUCACUAGAUGCUUUAGUGUUAGUGAAAAUAUCAUAAAACCAGAGCAAGAAUUCUUCACGGCACCAUUUGAAAAGGAUCGCUUGAGUGAAUUUCAUAUCCAAGACAAAGACAACUUCUUCACACCGGCAACAAGAAGUCGAAUUGUCCAGUUUAUUCUCUCACGUGUGGAAUAUGCGGUGAAAGAUAACGUGAAGAAAUUUGGCAUCAAUAAACUGCUGGAUUCAGGGAUCUACAAGGCAGCCUUCCCACUCCAUGAUUGUAAGUUUAAUGUAAAAUCUUCAGAUGAAAAAUGUCCCAAUGAGCGUUAUCUGCUGUUCAGGGAAUGGGCACACCCCUUCAGCUUUUUUAAGUUACAGCCACUGGAUCUUGUAAGAAAAUAUUAUGGGGAGAAGGUUGGGAUCUACUUUGCUUGGCUUGGUUACUAUACCCGUAUGUUGCUGCUGGCAGCCAUCGUCGGACUCUGUUGUUUCCUGUAUGGGUACAAAUCUCAGGAAACAUGCACUUGGAGCAAGGAAGUGUGUGACCCAAAUAUUGGAGGACAAAUCAUCAUGUGCCCGCAGUGUGACUUACGAUGUAAUUACUGGCUUCUCAAUAUAACUUGUGAAUCAUCGAAGAAACUUUGCAUAUUUGACAGUUUUGGGACACUUGUGUUUGCUGUAUUCAUGGGGAUAUGGGUGACCCUGUUCCUCGAGUUUUGGAAGCGCAGGCAAGCUGAACUUGAGUAUGAGUGGGACACAGUGGAGUUCUUGGAACAAGAAGAACAGCCUCUUCCAGAAUAUGAAGCAAGAUGCACCCAUGUGGUUAUAAAUCCUAUAACACAGCAAGAAGAACUUGUGCCUUACACAACCUUUGGAAAAUGUCUGAGAAUCGCAUUCUGUACAAGUGCUGUCUUAUUCUGGAUCCUUUUGAUUGUGGCGUCUGUGGUUGGAAUUAUCGUAUACAGACUUUCUGUUUUUCUGGUGUUUUCUUCCAGUCUGCCAAAGCAAACUAACGGACCGGUUGCAAUCCAGAAGUACCUGACACCACAAACGGCCACCACAGUAACUGCAUCUAUAAUUAGCUUUAUAAUCAUUAUGCUCCUCAACAUUCUCUAUGAAAAAGUGGCCAUAAUGAUCACGGACUUCGAGCUCCCAAGGACAAAGACGGACUAUGAAAAUAGUCUGACGACAAAGAUGUUUCUAUUCCAGUUUGUCAAUUAUUACUCGUCCUGUUUCUACAUCGCCUUCUUCAAGGGGAAAUUUGUAGGUUAUCCAGGAGAUCCAGUUUAUUGGUUUGGCAGAUAUCGUAAUGAGGAAUGUGAUCCAGGUGGCUGCCUAUUGGAACUGACAACCCAGCUUACUAUUAUAAUGGGUGGCAAAGCGAUCUGGAAUAACAUACAGGAAAUACUUCUACCGUGGGUUAAGAACCUUGUCAGUCGCUGUCGCUCUUCAGGGGCAGAGAGGUUUAUGCCGCGUUGGGAACAAGAUUACCAUUUGCAGCCCGUUGGGAAGCUGGGAUUAUUCUAUGAAUACCUAGAAAUGGUUAUUCAGUUUGGAUUUGUCACUUUGUUUGUGGCUUCAUUUCCACUUGCUCCCUUACUGGCUCUUGUGAAUAACUUGUUGGAGAUCAGAGUUGAUGCUUGGAAGAUCACCACCCAGUGGAGGCGAAUGGUACCCGAAAAAGCUCAGGAUAUUGGAGCAUGGCAACCGAUCAUGCAAGGAGUGGCUCUUUUAGCUGUGGUGACAAAUGCUAUGCUAAUUGCAUUCACAUCGGACAUGAUCCCACGCUUGGUUUAUUACUGGUCUUUCUCUGUGCCUCCAUAUGGAAAUCAUUCUGAGCCCACCAUGCAAGGAUACAUCAGUAAUACGCUGUCAAUAUUUGAAAUAUACGAUUUCAAAAACGAGAGCAUGCCUUUGGACCAGCCAUUGUUUGACAGAAUGACAUGCAGAUACCGUGAUUUCCGAUACCCUCCCGGCCAUGAACACCAGUAUGAGCACAGCAUAUAUUAUUGGCACGUUAUAGCUGCCAAACUCGCCUUCAUCAUUGUCAUGGAGCAUAUUGUGUACUCCGUGAAGUUCAUGAUCUCUUAUGCUAUCCCAGACGUUUCCAAUGAGACCAGAGACAAACUCAAGAGAGAGAAAUAUCUGACACAGAAGAUUCUACACGAACGACAGAUGGGAAAUAUUGCAGACAGAUAUUGGAAGACAGACAAUGUUCUAUUAAGUAAAUUAGAUUAAACAUUAUACAGGCCUACACUAUACACAUACAUAGACCAUUAAAACUGUGAAGCAGUCUAAUUCCUAAAUGGCCUUCUGUAAUCCAGUGCCCAGUAUGUCUCAAUGCGAUGAAUCAAGCCAGGAAGUGGCACGAUGGUUCAAACUGCAGAAAAUAUAUUUUCUAAAAACCAGAAUUGCAUAUAAUGUUCUAUAUGCUUUACGUUUCUACAAAUCAUCAUACACUCCUGUGCCUUUCAAUCCAAGUGGGAAAAUGCCAUGAUAUAUGUAUAUUAUAAUAUUGUGCCAAAUAAGAUAAAGAUUUUUUUUAUUUUUUUAUAUGGACUGCAAAAUGCUGUAGAUAUCAAUAUUUUAAAUGCAAUUAUGUUUAAUGAAUUUCAUGUGUGACUAUUAAUUUGAACCACUGCUAAAUAUAAUACCACUGAGGUUUCUGGCAACAAUGAAAUAAACCACGUGAUUGACCGUUUAGUGGUUAAUGAAUGUCUCCAAAACCCCAAUAUGUCAUUGUCUUCCCAUAAUGCACGCUUCAGUGUUGAUCUUUGCGUUGCGUAAUAUGAUUAUUUAGGGGUUAGCGUUCCUAUAUCUUCAUGCAGCACAAGAACUGUCCAAGAUUAGUGAGAUGUAUAGCCCAGGCAGCAACUGCUAUUUGUGAUUGCUUUCCUUAAUUCAGCUUCUUUCAUGUUGGUGAUAUGCUGGGAGGUGAGGUGUAGAGAGUGCUCUCUUUCCCCCCAGCUCCUCUCCCAGCAUAUCCAUUUUAGAAGUGGGACUGAUCGUAUGUUGACAGUUGGGUGUUGCUGGGAGUGUAACUCCUCUUACCUGUGGGCAGCAUCUGUCACGCCAUGCAUAGAUUUUGUUAAUGCAAGAUGUGGCAUCCUCAACAGGGCAGGACAGGAUUUGAAAACUUAAUCUGUCCCUUAAGAUAUCAGGGAGUCAGUGAUAUAUAGCCUACAAUCUUAUUUUAUUUUAUUUUUUUUUAAUUCUUUAUUUGGUAUUUUCCGUGUUCAAUUGUACAGGAAGA